AUGCAGUUUCCUGAUACUAGUGCUGAGGGUUCCUGUCAUCCUCUCUUUGGGGCCUACACAUUCACUCCCUUCAAGUUUUAGUCUCACCAGGGGAGCAUGGACUGGAGGCGCAUCAGUGCCCUAGACUUGGAUCACAUGACCUGGGAGCUGGAUGUGGCCACCCUGCAGGAGAACAUCGCUGACAUCAUCUUCUGCAACUUGGACCAGGAGGUGUGCAGACACUGUGGGCAGCCUAUGGACACGGCGCUGCUCAAGGUGCUGCGCCUGGCGUAGCUCAUCAUCAAGUACCUGCUGCACUGCAAGGACUGCCUGAGCACCAGCGUUGCCCAGCUGGAGUCACAGCUGCAGGCCAGCCUGGACCAGCAGCAGCGUGGUCAGCAGGAGCUGGCCUGCCAGGCCGAAGAGAUCAAAGUGCGGGAGGAUAGCCACUGGCAUCACAAGAUGAUCAAAAACUUGCACCAGCUGUGCCUGUGGACAGUUGGCCAGAACAACCACAUGUGCCAUCUGCGUGAGAAGAUGUUCAUUAAUUCCACCUUCGUCUGGAGCCACAUUCAACACAGGCAUGAGGGCAUGGCGGAAGGCGUAAAACAGAAGCAGAGACAGUCAAUGGAGAAGGUGAUAGAAGAGCUGUGGACCAAAGUAAAGUUGCCCCAAGAGGAGCUGGAACACCUGAUGGAGAAGAAGUGGCAGCUUCAGGUGGGCAUGGAGGAGACACAUCAGGAGACUCAGUCAUGGACAGCCCCGGAGAUCCAGGGUGAAGCAGAAACUUCCCAUCAGAGGGAAAGAGACCAUAAAAUAAAUUUUGAUGAACAGAAAGUAAAAUUACCUGCGGAACUAGACACAAAAAAAUUGUUUUGGGAUGAGUUGAAAAGUACUGCCAGCCGUAACUCUUCGUUAGAAGAGAAACAAAAGUCACUGAAGUCCCACAGUGAAAUGAUUUCCAGCCUCAAGCCUCUGCAGGAAGGGGACUUUGAGGAGCAUGUUAGGCAGAUACAGGUGCUUCAGAACCUGGAGGAGAAGACGGAAAUUAAGGACGCAAAGGGAAUUCCCACUAAGACUCUCAGACACCUCCUGAAGGUCCAGCGGGUGCGGAGGAAGGGGAAGUUUUCUGAAUUUCUGAAUCUGAGGGAAAAGCUCCCCAAGAAAGUCCCCAGCAGAAAGGAGGAGGGACAGAGGAACCAGGCCCCAGACAGCAAGGCUGCAGGGAAGCUGGCAAGAGGGCUUGCUCAGGGACUGUGA